CUUAUGGACCUGAAAGCUGAUCCAAAAGGGGCGAGGGUGGGGAUAGACAGUUAUACUUUUGUGUUUUCUGUUGUCCUGGUUUUGUCUUAGGUAGGCUUUGUGUCCUUGACUCUUGAGGUUGUGUCUUUCUCAAAGAUCAUGUCCUGCUCUAAGCAGUAAGGAAUCUCAUUUGCUGCUCUUCCCUCGGUGGUUUAGGCUUGUGUAUUGUAAGGAAGAAGGAUCGAGGUGAAACUCUGGCUCCACAGUGUUGGCUAUUCUUCUCCCACAGACUGGCACAAGGGAGAGUGACACUUGAAUACGUGGUGAGAUGUGUGAAGAGGAUGACAAUGGAUGCAAACACCCUGGUCUUACUCUUCCAGAAGAAAAAGGGAAAAUCGAACCUGAAUGUCCCCUGAAAGUGAAGAAAUGUCCACACUUCUAUGUGCAGAUUGAGAAAAGAUACAGAAAAUCAGCCAAGGGAAGAAAUAGUCAAGGCAGAGUCUGGGAGAGAUCCACAUAUGGAGCUUCUGUUUAUUCUCGUCCCAUGAAUUCAUGAAUGGUGUUACCUCCUCCUUGCCACGGAAUGUAACAAUACCUACAAAAUAUUGCCAGUCAGGGAAGCUCACUUGAACCUAAAUCACCUUGGAAAUAACAAAAAGAACAAGAGAAGACAAAUGAAAAAAAGGACUGUGAUAUCAAGACCGUUGGGCUAUAAAAUCCUAUCUUUAUGUUUGUAAUGGAAUCAUUUAAAUAAAUAAGAGAAAUGUGCAAUACUAUAUUACUGGCCAAAAGAAUACAUCACACUCAAAAGGAAUUAGCAUUAGGAAACCUAAGUUGAAAAAUGCUUUACCAAAAUGUGUUAGAGUU